CAGGUGACUGAUGUAAGCAAAAUAAUAGCACCGCAUUGGCAUCGCACGAUUUACCUUUUCCCUGUUAGUUCGAUUAUUUUGCUAAUUUUGCUUUUACUGAAAUUCAUAAGAUGGUGAAUAAACCAAGUAUACAAAUUUUGCCACUACUCGGCAGACAUUUAUGGCGACGUUAUUGUGCACUUGAUGCCAAAAAAUCAAUGCAAACAGCUGAGAGCGUAAGCCGGCAUCCGACAUUAACUCUAAACAACAGGAAGAAAAAGGUUGCACUGCUGGUUGGCUACAAUGGACAAGGCUACAACAGUUUUCAAAUAAAACCUGGCAACAGAUCAAUUGAAGACCAACUAUUGAUGGCCCUGCAAACAGGUGGCUUGGCUUCUGAGGAAGAGUGCCAAAAUUCAGAAUCCAUUUUCUUACACUGUGGUGCUAAAACUGGGAAGGAUAUUUCAGCAGUGAAGCAAACUGUUUCACUAUUACUGAGCAUAGACAAAAACGUAAAAGAACGAUUGAAUUCUCAUCUUCCACCUGAGAUUCGAGUCUUAGGAAUUCGUCCGUUGGCAGCAGAGAUCGAUUCUGCCCUCAUAAGGGACCCCGAUUUUUGCACCUAUGGCUACAUAUUGCCAACAUUUGCUUUGAGUCCAUUUGGACUAGAGAGCAAGUCGUUCAGAGCGUCACCACAACUUAUCGACAGGUUCAGAGAGAUCCUUGGAUUGUUUGAAGGCACCAAAAAUCUGCACAAUUUUCUCCUUAGAAGCAAAUUUGAAAAUCCAGACAGCGAAAGAAGCAUUUCAAAAUUUGAGUGUCUCGAGCCCUUCGAGUUUGGGAACCAGCAAUAUGUAGAGUGCCAAGUGACCUCAAAGAUCUUCAAAAAAGAUCAAAUUAGAUUGAUGGUUGCAUUUGCUUUUGCAAUAGCUAAAGGCAUAGUGAAGCAAAAUUUAGUGGAGAAAGCGUUCACCCAAACCAAGUUAGAUAUUCUUAAGGCGCCAGAGGGUGGUUUGUUUUUACAAGAGUUGCACUACCAUAGCUACAAUGAGAAAUUCUGUAAGGAUGGAGCGCUAGAAAAGCUGUGCUGGGAGCAGGAGGAAGAGAGUAUUCAGAGUUUUAAAAAUGAUCAUAUAAUUCCAAACAUUGUCACCAGAGUUAAAGAUAUAUCCUUCAUGAAAUGGAUAAAGGACUUGCCGAUGCACACCUUUUUUAAGAAAUGAGUAUUCUGCAUUGAAAAGUUACUUCUGGGCAACCUGAACGUCAAGAACAAUUUUGCUUUUGUUCCUAAAACUAAAAAAAUAAAAAUACUUUUAAUGUUAAU